CGCCUUCCGCCUUUAAUAUUAAUUUGGCUCCACAUUUUUUCAGCUGUUGAAAGACUAUUAAGAGUCCUUUUAGGCUACCAUCAGCUCCUCCGCAGGCAGAAAUCCUUCUGUUUGGGAAUAUCGAUUAACGAUUGUCGAUAAUCAAUUAUCAGUCAUUUUGGUUUCCGGCUUGCUGCAGGUUAUCAAUUUAUUUGUAUUGACAGGCUGUCAAAAUGAAUGGAAGGAAAUUAGGAUACCUAAGAUUGUAUGCUCAAUCUUGGAGGUCAACACUGGCAACAAUUCGUAACAUGGCAUUUGAUUCAACAUCAGACGAUGUGAUACAGUCAUUAUCUUCAUAUCAAAUACCUGCGAAUAAUUCUUCUUUGCAUCCUUUCUCGAUAUCCCAUGUUAAUGGGGGAUUAAGUCAAAGGUCAUUGGCAACUGCUGCAGCAAAUCCAUUGCCUGAAUCAUCUGCCGAAAAUACAAUUGUUUCAGAUAUGCUUGUUGAUUCAUUUGGAAGAAUGCAUACAUACCUAAGAAUCUCCUUGACAGAGCGAUGCAACCUUAGGUGCCAAUAUUGCAUGCCUGCUGAAGGCGUGGAACUUACACCUAAACCAGAGCUUUUAUCACAAGAUGAAGUUAUACGUUUGGCAAACCUUUUUGUGGCUUCAGGUGUGGACAAGAUAAGGUUGACAGGUGGAGAACCAACUGUUAGGCCUGAUAUUGAAGAUAUAUGUGUUCGCUUGACAAGCCUAAAAGGACUGAAGACCCUGGCAAUGACAACAAAUGGUCUUACUUUAGCCAAAAAACUUCCAAAUCUGAAAGCAGCUGGAUUGAACUUGUUAAAUAUUAGCUUGGAUACUCUAGUUCCAGCAAAAUUUGAGUUCUUGACUAGACGCAAAGGGCAUGCAAAAGUUUUGGAAGCAAUAGACAUGGCCAUUAACCUUGGUUACAAUCCUGUUAAGGUCAAUUGUGUUGUCAUGCGUGGGCUAAAUGAUGAUGAGAUUUGUGACUUUGUAGAAAUGACAAGGGAAAAGCCCAUCAAUGUGCGAUUUAUUGAGUUCAUGCCUUUUGAUGGCAAUGUCUGGAAAGUAAAGAAGCUUGUUCCUUAUGCUGAAAUUCUGGACAUAGUGGCACAGCGAUAUAAAGGUCUCAAACGGCUUCAGGAUCAUCCAGCUGAUACAGCGAAGAACUUUAAGAUAGAGGGCUUCCAGGGUACUGUGUCUUUCAUUACAUCAAUGACACAACAUUUCUGUAGUGGGUGCAAUCGAUUGCGCCUUUUGGCAGAUGGAAACUUCAAAGUUUGUCUUUUUGGCCCUUCAGAGGUAAGUCUUAGGGAUGCACUACGUCAAGGAUUGGAUGACCAAGGAUUGCAAGGAAUAAUAGAAUCUGCAGUCAAAAAGAAAAAAGCUGCUCAUGCAGGCAUGCUUGAUUUAGCAAAAACACCAAACAGGCCUAUGAUUCACAUAGGUGGCUGAGUUAUGGCAUUGUAACAGGGAUCAUUGUUUCAUGGUGUAAGCUAUAGCUGCAUGGGAACAGGUGUUUGUGGUACCUCCAAGUUAUUUUGGCUGCAGAGACUAGAUGUCGUAAAUUUGUGCACAUGGAAAUUAUUGACGGGUACAGAUAAAUCAAAAACAACAAAAAAUGCAACUGCCUGAAUUAUCCAUGUUAUUGUGUUUCAUCCUGGUCCAUGUUAAUGCACGUUGAACUAUUUAUUGUAAUCUUGACAUAAUAAUCUGUAUGUUUAUGUAUUUAUAUAAUGCAUAUUGUAUGCUAAAAAUGAUUUUGAUUCAUUUGCAUCCUCUGAUUAUUGAAAGCUCGAGUGCAUAGACUUCUAUUGUCAAUGUUACGUGCAAUGACGUAAUAGCAAAUUUAGACCUGCUGGAAAAUCACAAUUAUUUCUUAUAUUUAUGUAAAAUACCAGUAAAGUUGGUUGGUGUUAACUGUCGUUCAAAGAAUAUUGCAUGAAGGGAGCAUGUUGUCUCUUCUGUUGCUUUGGCAGAGUUCUAAAGGUUUAUCAUUUUGCUUGAGAGCAAUGCUGUUUAUGUUCAAAUCUUGAAUUAGGUCUGUUAAAGAUAUUUUUGUCAUCUCAAAGAUAUGCAAAGACUGUUCAGAUGUU